GUUUGUGGCGUUUCUGGAACUACUAAUGCAGUGCAGUGAUUUUUUAUUAUAUAUUAUCUCCUUGCAUAAAAUAGAUAAACUUAUAACAUUUCAAAAUGGCAUCAACCUCUAAAGAUUCUGUACCAAGUAAUCUUACUCAUCAGGAAAAUAUCGAUGACGAUUUGGAGCCAGGCGCUUGCCCAGAAAGUAUUCUCAACCCGACUGAUUCUUUUGAAGAAAUUGAGACAGAAAUGAGUACAAACCCUGAACAGAGGCACGCCACACUUACUACUAAGAGUAGUACAAUCAGUGAAAUACAAAGCGAAAUUGGUGAACCUUCAAAAGACAUGAAAACAGCUAAAUCAAGUGACGAUUUGAAAGAAGGCAUGGCAGCUUCACCAAGUAGUUCAAAUGUAACAGAACAAAAUGGAGAUGACAUUGACACAGAUAAGGAUGAAUAUUUACAAUCACCAGAGCUGGUAAAUAAAGAAAAGCAUGUGUUUAUAUUGAGUUCGGCAGGAAAACCAAUAUAUUCAAGAUAUGGUAAUGAAGACAAAUUGGCUGGUUUGUGUGGAGUUAUACAAGCUCUAGUAAGUGUGGUCGAAGAUCACGACCAAGAUAUCUUGAGAUCCAUCUGCACGAAAGACUGUAAAGCAGUGUUCUUAGUGAAGGGUCCGCUAAUACUGGUAGCUGUUUCCAAAUCUAACGAAAGUGAAACACAAUUGGUAAUGCAAUUAACAUAUGCAUUCAAUCAAAUAGUAUCAGUUCUAACAUUAACACAACUUAAUAGAAUAUUUGAGCAAAGAAGGAAUUAUGAUUUGCGAAGACUUUUAGCGGGAGCAGAAAGAUUGAUUGAUAAUUUGUUAAUAUUUAUGGAAAAAGACCCAGCGUUCUUACUUGGUGCUGUGAGAUGUCUUCCAUUACCUGAAAAAGCAAGAGAAAACAUCACAAAUGCGAUAAUAUCGACAUGCAAUAAAAUAAGAGAUUUAGUAUUUGCAAUACUUAUAGCUGGAAAUCAAUUGAUUACUUUAGUUAGGAUGAAGAAGUACACAUUGCAUCCCUCUGAUAUACAUUUGCUGUUUAACUUAGUAAGGAGUUCUGAAUCUUUUAAGACAGCGGAAAGUUGGACUCCUGUCUGUCUACCUAAGUUUGACGCUACCGGAUUCCUACAUGGUCAUGUGUCCUAUAUCUCCGAAGACUGUCAAGCUUGCUUACUUCUACUUACAGUACAAAGAGACGCAUUCUACCCUCUAUCACAAGCUAAGCACACAAUCGCUGAAAAAUUAGAGAAAACGAAGUGCAUAGGAGCGAUAAAUGAUGCAUUAAACAGGAGUAAAGAUUUACCAACAACGAACCCUUUGAAACAUAUUGGUAUACCAAUUAUAAGGCAUUUUAUGUACAAAUGCAAAUCAACGGCUCAACUUUUUACCUCGGACCCAAUAAGUUUGGAUAGAUUGCAAGAUUAUAGAAUUAUGCAUAAAGAAGGUGGGGAUAUUUGUAUUAAGAAGAUAGAAAAGCUCUCCGAUAUAGAUUAUGUAAGGAAUUAUAGAAAGUUCUGUAAUCAAAUACAUUGUGCAACUGUUCCCGCUAAAUUUAUAUUUAGAUCUAACUCUGAAAAUACUAUUUUAGCAUGGAUUACCAAUGGAUUUGAACUAUACGUAACAUUCGAUGCGUUAGUCGAAAAGGAACAAACAAAGAAAGCAGUAGAUCAUCUGUUACAAUGGAUUAAAAAAGAAGAGAACAGAAUAUUCAUUAUGAACGCACCGACUUUCUAGCAAAAGUUGAGUGUUACCUUCGGUGACAUGAUUAAAAACUCCAUAACACGUAAUUCUAGUGUCGAGGAAUCGUGAAUACAUUCAAGAAAUAAUGUGAAUACGUGAAAGUGAUAUAAAGUGAAUUUAACAAGUGAAAUGCUGGACUUGCCCGAUGAAAUUACAAAAGUGAAAAUUUUGGGGCCUCUCCCACCAAAUUGUAAAUUGUCUGAUAACAAUCAAGAUCGGAUU